UUGCCUGAACAUCCUCACCGCCUCCAUCCCUUUCUCUUUCUCUAUCGACUAGUCUGCAUUUGGCCCUGUCCGAGGAUCUUGCAGCCUUGGCUUUGACGUCGCCGAAGAGGGGGCUGCCGCGGACACACUUUGCAAUUCAAACUUUUUUUGUUAAACAAAGUGAAAUAUAUUUUUAAACUACCGCGGUGUGCAAUGUUGAGGGUGAUCUUUUUGGCCGCUCUCGCCGGCUUCACCUGGGCCAGUGAUGUGCUUGAUUACACGGAUGAUGAUUUCGAAAGCAAGAUUGGAAACCAUGAUCUCGCCCUUGUGGAAUUUUUUGCCCCUUGGUGCGGCCAUUGUAAACGGCUAGCACCCGAGUAUGAGGCAGCCGCCACGCGUCUGAAAGGCACUGUCGCUCUGGCCAAGGUUGACUGCACAUCCAACAGCAACACAUGCAGCAAAUAUGGUGUCAGUGGCUACCCGACUCUGAAGAUCUUCAGGGAUGGAGAGGAAACUGGUCCCUAUGAUGGUCCCAGAACCGCAGAUGGGAUUGUCAGUUUCCUUAAGAAGCAGGCUGGACCAGCUUCUGUGGAGCUCAAGGCUGACACAGACUUGGCGAAGUACACUUCAGACCAGGACGCAAGUGUUGUUGGGUUCUUUUCUGAUGACAAAAGCACAGCAAAGACAGAGUUCCUGAAGGCAGCCAGCGCCUUGAGGGACAACUACCGCUUCGCCCACACAAGCUCUGAGGCUCUCCUCCAGAGCCACGGCAUUGACGCAGAGGGAAUCGUCCUUUUCCGCCCAUCAAGACUCAACAACAAGUUUGAAGACAGCUCUGUAAAAUACAGCGAGGACAAAUAUACCAGCAACAAAAUAAAGAAGUUCAUCCAGGACAACAUCUUUGGGAUCUGCCCCCACAUGACGGACGACAACAAAGACCAGCUGAAGGGAAAAGACCUCCUGGUGGCUUAUUAUGAUGUUGAUUAUGAGAAGAACCCCAAGGGCUCCAACUACUGGAGGAACAGGGUGAUGAAGGUGGCCAAGGGCUUCCUGGAUCAGGGCAAGAAGCUGAACUUUGCUGUGGCCAGCAAGAGCAUGUUCAGCCAAGAUGUGUCCGAGUUCGGCAUGGAUGGCAGCUCGGGAGAACUGCCUCUGGUGGCCAUCCGCACCGGCAAGGGAGACAAAUACGUCAUGACCGAGGAGUUCUCUCGUGAUGGGAAAGCUCUGGAGCGUUUCCUUCAGGAUUACUUUGAUGGCAAGUUGAAGCGUUACCUCAAAUCAGAGCCCAUCCCAGAGAACAACGAUGGACCUGUCAAGGUUGUUGUGGCCGAGAACUUCGAAUCCAUCGUCAACGACGACAGCAAAGACGUGCUGAUCGAGUUCUACGCUCCGUGGUGCGGACACUGCAAGAGCCUGGAGCCCAAAUUCAACGAGCUGGGAGAGAAGCUUGCCGGUGAUCCCAACGUUGUCAUUGCCAAGAUGGACGCCACAGCAAACGAUGUGCCAUCUCCAUAUGAAGUCAGCGGUUUCCCAACAUUGUACUUUGCCCCAGCUGGACGUAAGACGAGCCCAAAGAAAUACGAGGGAGGUCGCGAGGUGAGUGACUUCAUCUCCUACCUGAAGAGGGAGGCCACCAACCCCUUGACAGUGCAGGAGGAGACCAAGAAGAAGAAGAAGAAGAAGGACGAUGACAAGACAGAGCUAUAAAAGCUCCAAACAGGAACUCAACAUUACCCCAACACAACAGGAGGAAGGAGGAUUGGGGAAAUCCAUGCAAAGAAAGAACUAAAUUAUAUUCCACUCUCUUAGUGAACUACCGAAUGCUCUGAGGCCAAGUCGAAAAGACGCGGCCCUCCCUUUAGGUCCUCCACUGCUCUGGGGAAACAGUGGAGAGGUGGUGGCCAGGGCCUGCCCGCUGUUUAAAAACAAAAACAAAUUUUUAGGGAAGAGGGGACAGCUUUUGAAAAUUGAGAUUUUUAUUUCCCCUGGUCUGUCUACUUCACCUCAGGCUGAUGCACUUUGGUUUGACGCCCAUCUCCAGUCAUCUGUCGCUUUGGUAUUUGUUGUUGUCGUCGUCACAGGGGAUAAUGCUAAUUGUGAAUUCUUCCUUUUUUUUUUGUCUUUGUAACACGUCUUUGUUUUUGUACAUUUGGAAGGAUUGUGAAAUAAAAAGGCCCACAAAACCAAAACUAA